AUGACGAAGCACGGCAUUCCGCUUGACACUCUCAAGGAGUGUCUCAUGUUCUUGCUGGCGUUGCAUAAAGACGAGAAGAUGCAAGGCCUGGUGGCCGAAGCACUGGAAAAGCAAAUUAAUGCCUAUUUUAAAUCCACAGUUACUACAGCACGUAACAUUCAAUCCCCAUUUCUUACAGUAGACAACAUUAGAAUCGAGCUCUCCGAAUUCGUUAAGAAAGCGUCAGACUUCUAUACGAGAUUGUGCAAAUCAACAGAGCCUUGGACACAUGGAAAGCAAAACGCAGCGCAACUUGUCAGCGCGCUACUCGACUGCUUUCCCAAGUUCCUAUCCGCGAUGUACUAUCUCUGGUACUGCAUAGAUAAUACCUUCGGAACACUUGGCGGCGGUGGAUGGCAGAAUGACUGGCCUGGAUGGGAGUUGGAUCGACGAGAUUGGUUGGGAACCUAUUGGGGCGGUGACCUGCAGAGAUAUCUCAGAGCAACAGUCGGCGACAAAAAGUACGAUUCUCGCACAGGUUUGUUACCCGGUGGCUUCGGUAAAAACGAGGUGAGAUACAGCUCACGUUUUUGGCACGGUGGCUACGCCCAGGGUUAUAAAAUGGCUGAUGACCUCAGAGAGCUUGUGAGCAAAGGAAGUUUCUACAAUUUCUUCCGCAGCGUGUUUGUGAGUUCGGUGUUCUCCCUAAAUAAUGGCACCCAUAAGGAGUACACGGCAAACGCUCUCUCACUAGUCAGAACAUUUUGCGAUAUUGUGGAAAAAGAGACAAACCAAGAGAGUGGCGGUGCUCUAAUAGAAAAAUUGGAUGAAGGCUUAAACAGUCAAGUGAGAUCACAUACAAGAAAAUCCAUAUGUUGGCAAGACUUGAAAGAACAUUGCGAAAAACUUCGGACAAAAAUCCGCACACUCUUCAACCAGGAAAAACGCUUUGACUUCAUCGGUCAGUCUACGGAUCUUAAAAACCUUCACAAAGAGGAGCUUGCUACCAGAGCAGCGCAUUGGAUGAGGACUCAUCUGACCAAAGUGCGGGGCAAUUUGAGUCAGAUUAGAACAGAUGAAGGUGUCUUGGGACUCCAACAAACGGAUCUUGGAGAAUACUUCACGAAACAUUUCUUCCCCUACGGAUUCAUAUUUAAAGACCAAACCCGCUUUGUAAAGUUGGACAGAGAAGUAAAGCUUUUGAUGACGGAUUGGCGCACAGUAAUCGAUGACCUUAAGAAAGGGACUGACGGCGAUUUGGAUAGGCUUGUGCAGAUUUUGAAUGGUGACGAAAAAAAACAGUGCCCAAAAGAUACCCCGGAUACAAAAGCUGAGGGAACUCCCAACCAGGGUAAGAAAGCUGAGGGAACUCCCAACCAGGGCAAGAAAGGUGAGGGAGCACAGAACCAGGGGAAGAAGGGUGAGGGAACUCCAACUCCCAAUAAUGGCCAAAGUGAAGAAAAACCGCCACCUCCGCCUUCCGGUGCUUCAGGAGGUGCAGGCCCGAAAGGGCCUCCUGGUCCCGCAGCUCCGGCGUCUUCUUCGACUCAAGAUACAUCAGGUGGGAAGAGUGUUCAUCCUCAACAACCUGCACAACUCCCGCCAGUUCCUGCCCCUCCACCGCCAGCUCCCACCAGUCCUGCCGCCCCUACCCUUCCUGGUCCGCCAGGUCCCACGGGUCAGGGUUCACAGGGUAGCGAUGUUUCUAGCCAGGUCCCUGCUUCAUCUUCAAAUGCUGCGCCUCCUCAGACUCCGAGUGCUUCAGGUUCAAGCCCUAGGCCAACUGGUGGCCGGGGGUCUGAUCCACAUGGUGGUCAAGAUGUUACUCAAACUACAAGUCAAGGCACCGGUCAAAGUACAAGCAGCGGCGCUACUCCGUCGGGUGCCCCAGCGCCUGGUUCAGGUGGAGGCGGGGGGUUACCUAAGCCUCAAGUUCCGUCUUCUUCACAGUGCAAACCUGAGCAGGUGUCAUUAUAUGAUAUCGAUGGCAAACAUAUGUGUUAUUCCAAACCUAAGAAUGACAUCCAAACUUAUCCCUACAAUAUCUGGGAGAAAGUCAAUAGCGUUAGAUUACAGGAAAUGUUGGACAAAAAACGUCAAAAACAAGAUGCCCAACGUGGGCCUCAAAUUCCUCCCAAUCACCCACCUCAUCCAAGCCACCCUGCUCCCGUUCCUUCCUCUCGGCAUCCCGUUGCUCGUUCUCGCCCUGUGAAGCCGUACUAUGAUCCAGGGGUUGGGCGAACAAGGCAGGUUGGUGGAGGUGACCACAGUAAUUUGCCUUCUCUAGAAGUCGAUGGCCAGCCAAUUUUAGAUGCACGUCAUAAGCAAGAAGAUCGUCUUCUUGCGCAAAAACGCAAAAAUGAAUUGCUUCGCCUAGAACAAAAAUUCCUCCACACACAGCAACAACUAGCGUCUCAAGACAAAAAACGCAUGGGUGAGAUAGAGCAACGGAAAAAGGAAGCAACUGCAAACUGGGAAAAGAAAAGACAAGAAGCAGAGAGACGUUUAAAGAAAUAUUCGGAUGAUGUAGGAAGAAUACAAAACGUAUUGGAGCGGGGCAAAAAGGAUGCGGAAGAACGCCAAAAGCAGGAGAAAGAUGCCGAGCUACGUAAACAAGAAGAGAAACGUAUGGCGCAAUUGAAAGAGGCAGAAGAGCGUAGGAGACAAGAGGAAGAAAAUGAACGUCAAAAGCUUAAUGCCUUCAGAUCGCAGCACCCGAUUGUCCCGGUGAGCGAUGCGUAUUACCAUUAUCGGAAUAGAUAUCCUAAUAUCCCGACGCACACGCCUACAGGGUUUUCCCCUUUUGGCGAGGAUGAAAUGCCCAGACUGGAAGGGUUUAAUGCCAUCCCCCAAGCUCCGUUGGACGGCGGAGAUGUGGACUAUCUGGUGGGACAAGUAGUGCAGGAUAAUUCUGCAAUUGAGCGACAAGACAAGACGCUUAUGGAAAUUCACGACGCCGAACGCAAAAUAUAUUCCGACAAUGCGGAACGUGAGCGUGAAUUUCAGAAGCUGGAGCUAAUAUCAAAGCACGUGGAUGAAGAGCGAAAGAGACAUAUGGAGGCCGCACAAAAGGAGGCGGAGGAAAUAGAAUUACUGAAUGAUGUAACGGAAACUAUCGAAAUUCCUCAACCACCGGCGAUGCCAGCGUACGAUGCCAAAAUGCGUCAUGAUAUUGCAAACAUUGUGCACAAUCCAAACUUUUUUGAAAUCAAUGGCCGAUCCAUGGAUCCUGCACCUCUUGAUGUCGUAUAUUAUGACACUCCGCUGCCACAAGAGGUUCCGCUGCCCCCCGACCCUGUCCAACCGUCCACCACCGCCGUCGCUAUAAACUUCCCGCCAAUCGACCCUCCGGAGGAUCUCCCCAAAAGAUUUGCCGACACGUACAGUCACAGCCCUGAUGCCGUUCAAACGUGCGUCGCUCCUUGGCUCACCCAGAAACCAACGCAUGACGCUACCGACAUCCCCGUCACGGAGCUGUUCCCCUCCGAGGCGCCGCGCACAGUCAAGGAUAUGCUUGUUUGGAUGGCGGGACUGCGACACGAGAAGCAUAAAAGGACUCUGAAAGAGUGUAUUGAGAAGGCAUUUAAGCGCGGAGAUUAUGACCCUUCAGAUCUCACACUCCCAGUCAACGAUUCUAGUAUCACCGCCGAUAAUCUCCUUCACACCAUUAAGCUUGCCUCCGUGUUCGCAGCCUCUGCGCUCUCCGCCAUUGCGCCUGAGUGGAGAAUGGCAGUGCCGUCUGCAACGUCGACGUCCAAGGAACCUGAUUGCUGCGCCCUCCUCUGCCAGCUGCGAGACUACGUCUACGUCUGUUACCACCAGCUGGCGUUUCUAAAGUCGCAGUGUUCUCGGGUUCAAUCUGAGGGUGGUUGGCAGGAUUGCCGUUACGGCCACAAGGUACACAACUCUCCCCUCCAGGCGUUCCUUACUGACACCUCCAAGUUCAAGACUCAUCCCUUCGACCCGUGUGACAUCUGCCGCAAGAGCUGUGUCAAGAUGGGAUUCAAGGCAGAGGAUUUGCCUGCGUCUCAACAAACCGGCAAGCAUAUUUCAAUCAUCCUCUCUCCCAGCUGCGGCGGCGGAUUAAGGCUGCGGACGCGUCUUACGACGCCCCUCUUGCACCUCCAAAAUAGGUCACUAAUCACCUUUAAUAGAACCUUGUAUAAGUGGAUCGUAAAGACUACAAAGGACAUUGAAGCCGCGCAGAAGCUAGUCCAGAAGAUUUUGGAUGAGGUGAAUGGGAAUGCAAAUCCGAACAACAAAAAUGAGCUUGAUGAGGCAAUUGAAACGGUUGAGAGCAACUUAGAGAACAGUGUUGGGGACUUGAAAAAAUGGAAGGAUGCGGCGGACAAUGUGCUAGAAGGGACGAUUGUGAAGUCUACUCAAGUGCAUAAAGAGUUGGAUCCCACUCAAAAAGAUGACGAUUCAGGGACGACGAUUAGUAAAGGAAUUAAGAAAAUUAAUGAUGCUAAAGGAAAAGUUUCAGGUGUUAAUACUGCGCUUCAAGGGAUUCACACAGAUUUAGGUAAGUGGAAAGAUGCAGCGAACAUUGUGCUUGGCACAGCGGUUAGUAAGGCAGAAUAUGUGCGUGGCAAGUUGGAUCCUAAUAAACAAGAUAACGGCCAUGUUAUUGGCCACAAAUUAAGUGCAAUUAGUGCAGCUAACAAAGGAAUUCAAGAUGCAAAUUCACAACUUGACACACAAGUUAGCAGCUUGAAUUCUUGGAUCAACGAGGCGGAGAAAAUCCGUAAGGCUGCCGAGGACAAGGCCAGGGAAGCCUACGACAAGUUGAAAGUGAAUGAGGCUUUGGACAAAAAUGUUAAGUUAAUUGUGGAGGCUAAAGACAGAAUUAAUGAAGUUCAUAAUAAUCUGAAAAGUGUUCAUGGAAGUUUGGGAGAGUGGAAGAUUAAGGCCGGGGAAGUGCUUGCCGGGGCGAUUGGAAGUGCAGAACAUGUGUAUGAGAAAUUGAAUCCUGAGAAAUAUGGCGGCGCUGCAAAUGAUCACCUUGGCAAAAAAAUCGGUGACAUUGAAGAUAAUAACAACUUGAUUAAGGAGGCGAAUCAAAAUCUGAAAAAUGAAGUUGACAACUUAGGUAAGUGGAGAGAUGCGGCCGGGAGUGUUAUUUCCAAGGCGGACAAGAAGUGUGAGGAGAUACUGAAGAGGGUUGAUAAGGAUCAUAAAGAUUAUAAAGGAGGAAAGAAUGGCCCUGUGAUUUAUACGCAGGCUGAAAAGUUACAAAAUGAAGGUAAAAGACUUUUGCAGGCUGCGACUGAUGCUAAAAAGGCUGUUGAGUCUAAAGUCGGUGACGCACUGAACGCUGUUGUGGAAAUGGACACAUCUCUCAAGAAGGAUUUGAAGGAGGUGAAAGAUAAGAUUAAAUUGGGGAUGCAGAAUGUGAUUGAGCAGUUGGAAGUUAAUAAGUUGGAUCAGAAGGUGAGAGAUGAUUUGAAGAGUUUGAAGGAGAAGAUUAGUGAGCUUACAAAGAAGGUUGGUGAUCAGGUCGGCGAUAACAAUAUUGUUGGUAAGCAAUUAGAGGCGCUACAGGUAGCGAAGGGUGGUAAACUGGAUGGCGUUGUUAGUGGAAUUACAAAUGCUGAAAAGGAACUUGACGGUAAGUUUAAAAGUGGGAUCAGUGAUCCACUUAACGCUAAAGUCCGUGAUGUUGACUCAGCGAUUGGGGCGCUUGGCGGGAAGUUUAAGGAUCUCAAAUUGGAGGAACAGAAGACAUUUGGAGGCAUUUUCGGGCAUAUUCAAAGUAAGGUUGGGGAGAUUCUGAAUGGUGAGGGAGGCGAUAAAGGUUUGGCAGGGAUUGCGAAAGGUUUGGUGGAGAGCUAUGCCGGUGGGUUCAAAAUUUUUAAUAGGAUUGUGACAGGGUGGAUGGAAGGCACUUUGGGGAAUGAUGCUGAGAAAGCGCCCAAAACAUGGCUUGGAGAGUAUAUCGAGGAGAAGAAGAAUGGUGGGAGCCAGGUCAACAGUAAAGAGGCAGAGAACCGUCGAAAUGAGAUUUUACAAGUCCGCGAUGGUAUUAAGAAGGCAAUUGGGAGUACGUUUGUCAUAGCGAUUGAUCAAGCUGGCGAAAAGGUUAAUAUGUCCGAUAACAACAUCCAAACAACCAUUAAAUCCGUAAAGCAAGCCUGCACGUAUUUUGUCGAGCAGCUUGAUAAUGAACUUAAGAAGGGAAUUGGCACGCUUUCUCAGACGAUUUUCCAGAAGAGUACUGACAGUAACGCUGCUGCAAAAAGCAACCUGCAUCUGAAAGUAGCAGUAGAAGCCACGCUGCUUGGUCUCUCCGCCACCACCAGUCAGGUGGCCAACGAAAUUGAGUCCAUCCUGCUCGGCACAUACAGGGUGGGAGAAAAGCCACAUCAGACAAGCAUCGCACAAGAAUUGGAUACCGUCCUCGGGUAUGCCAACAAGCUUGACGGUCAGCUUACCGCGGCGACUACCACCAACUCUUUUCCCCCUGGCCAACCAGAAAGCCCCGCCCGAGCCGUGGACAGUAAGUUGGAGGCGGUGAGGGAUGAGGUUACGGGGCUUACUGCCACCUUUACGGGUAGCGUCACUAAUAACCUUACCGCUGCAGUCUCAAAACUUCCCCAAGCAGUCACUGCUUUCAACACUGUCGCUCAAGCACAGAUCAAGGGUGCGGCGAAGGAGACUAUUAAAGCGGCGGCUGAUCAAAUUCAGAUGGACAGUGGUGGUAAUAUAAAGCUUGAGGAAAAUGGUCAAAUGUCUAACUUCGAAACAGCCCACAAGAUGAUCAGGAAUACCGACAGUGGCCUCCAACCACAACUUCAAGGAAAAGUUGAAGAGCACAUUGGAGAGGAUGAUACGGCGGUUGGUACAGGUGGUGGCGCAGAGAAAGUUAAGAUCGAAAAAGGGAAAUUUACGCAUUAUGAAAAACAUAUUACGCAGCCUCUGGAGUCGGGCAAAACUCUAGAAGGCAAGCAAGACGAAGGCCUCCUUCCAGAGGCAAUCGGAAGCAUCAAGAGUGUAGGUCUGGCAGAACUUAAAAUAAUCGAGCCAGUUGUCGGUGGCAGAGCGGAAAUAGAAGAAAAAACCUUUACCGGUCCGUUCAACACAAUUAAGGAUCAGCUUGACGAGAUCAAGAAAUUGGUUACUCACAGCGGUGGGGAUUUCAUCAAGGGCUAUAAGGAUGACGACAAAGGUGUGAAAAACCUUUUAAGCGAUAUACGUCAGAUGCUAAACAAUGGAUCAUGGAUUGAAGGUAAAAAAGGCCUUGACGCAAUCAAAACGGCGAUUGAAAAAGUGCAAACCGGUGAUUUGACUACCCAACCCCAACAAAUCGACUCAGCCGUCACAGCAAUUAAGGCGAAGCUUGAAGAGCUUAGAGGGAAGUUGAAAGGCAAACAUGGCAGUACCGAAGAUGUAAUACAUGCUUUGGGUAUCUUGAAACGCGACGGUCUUAGUAAUGGUGAUUGGCAUAAUGGUAAGAAUUUUUGGACACCGAACGGUCAACCUCUUAGUGGUCUCGGGAAAAUCCAGCAGGGACUUCAGGAGCAGAAUGAGCAAUUGGGCAAUCAAAACAAAAUCAUUGGAGAUGCCAUCGACAAAAUUAAAUGGGCGCUUGCAUGUCUCGGAUUUAAGUUGCAAGCUGACCUGGUUGGGGAAAAAGAUUGGGAAAAUGGAAUAAAAGCCAAAGAUAAUCUCCAUGACAUUUACGAAAAAAUAAAGCAAUUGCAAUCCGGUGAUUUUACGAAUAAACCCAUUGAAAUUGAAAAUGCGAAGAAAGUAAUUGUAAAUGAACUCAUUGCCCUCCGAAAUGAGUUGCAAGGCUCUAAACUAGGUGAAGAUGUCAUUACCACAUUGAACGAUUUGAAGACCACGGGGCUUGGCAAAGAGGCAAGUUGGAACCCAAAAGGCCACAAUGCCAAGGGCCUUCAAAACAUCGAAAAUGAUCUUAGCACUCAACAAAGUGAGUUGGCAAAACAACCCGGCGCAAUCGGCGGUGGCGUCGACCAAAUCACCCAGUCGCUUGAGAGCCUUAGAGGGACGUUGGAAAAUCAAGUCACCGAUAAACUCAAGAAGCUGAAAGACCAUGGCCUUGAAAAAGGUGAUACACCGUGGACAUCCGACAAUCAGUCUCUCACAGGCCUCACUAAAAUCACUUCAGACAUCGUGGCCAUAAAGGACAAUGACGUUGACUAUGUUAAGCGUUAUGUUGUCACCCUCCGCAGUGCCAUGAGGAACGCCGACGCAGACAUUGGUAGCAAUUUGCAAAUGCUGGAGAUUGAGAGGAUAGAUGAUGGCAUCACGGAAAGAAAGGUGAUGGCCUAUACCCUAACGUUGAAAGAACGUAUGAAGUGA